UGUUUCUUUGGGUGUGCCUCUCAAGCUUUGUCUGCGGGUUUCGAAGAAGCGAAGAACAUGGCAAUGGCACAGUUGUGCGGCGGAAUAGCGAGAAGGGUGAUGGCAACGGAGGGAGCUGCGCUAUCGGCAGCAGCAACGUCGCUGCCAGUGCUGUGUGGUCGAGGGGACAAGAAGACGAAGAGAGGGAAGCGGUUCAAGGGGUCGUACGGCAACGCAAGACCCAAAAAGGAGAAGAAGAUCGAGAGGAUCAAGGACAAGGUCGAGGUCCCCAGGUCCACUCCUUGGCCUCUCCCUUUCAAGCUCAUCUAAUUUUUUUCAAUGUCACCCCCUGAAUAUCUCUAUAGCUGCAUGGGCUUUUUCUCUGCUGUGUGUUUGUAGGGGUUGGAGUUUUUGUUUUGUGCACCUGAGCAGAAGCUGUACCUGUACAUUUCCUUCUAAUUCUGAAUAAAUAUUUUUCUACCCAGA